UGCUGCUUUAUUGUAUGGCGUAUCGACUGAUUCAUAUCUAUGAAUACUGAUUACUGGCGCGACGACGAUUUCGACAGGUUUCUCUGCUUUACUGCCCAGCAGCAACACUCGCCCUUUACGGCAGCUGUUUCCACAUGGCCAUUUACUAGGCCAUCGUGUGUUUUGGGGUUUCUUUGCCGAAACUUCUGACUAAUUAAGUACGAAUUUCCCACAUUUGCACUUUAAGACACUUUUAAAAUGGGCAAAAGUAAGACGACAAAGUUUAAACGUCCUCAGUUCAACGCUGUCGGACUACCUGUGAACGCCGUGAAGGAAGCGGCCGCCGAGGAGGAGAAACGCGGGGACGACGACGACUGCUCGGUGGCGGAACUGCUUGAGAAAUUGGAGAGUCCCAGUGCGGAUGUAAGGGAGUGUGCGUGUGCCAGUAUCUCUCGGGUGGUCCAGCAGAGUCAGAGUAUCCCGGGCUUCCUGCAAAGGGAUGCAGUGAGGCGGCUGGGCCCCAUGUUGCUGGACAGCAGCCUGGCCGUCAGGGAGACCGCAGCCGGAGCCCUCAGGAAUCUAAGCGCGUGUGGUGGUCAGGAGGUGUGCGAGGACAUGGUGAAGCGCGAUGUCAUGACUCCUCUGACGGCCCUGCUUAGAGAGUGCUGCAUGGGUUUCAACAGUGCUGUGGUGCCGAACAAAGAGCCAAAGAACCAUGUGGAGGACGUCGCCAACGAGGCCGUGAACCUUCUGUGGAAUCUCUGCGAGAGCAGUAACCAGGCACUGUCCCUGUUCAACAAAUCAGGUCUUCUGGAUGUGGUUGUCCAAUGUCUGGAGCGACACCCCCACAACGUGGAGCUUGCCACUUCUGCUGCGCAUUGCUUACACACUGUGUCUGAGGACAACCAUGAACUGCUCUGUAGCAUUAAUGGCGCCGUGCAAGUAGCCUUAGAGGGCGUGCUGCUGUCAAACCAGCCUGGCAUGGUGCACACUCUCCUCAGGACGCUGGCUGCAGGGGCACUGUGGAACAUGAAAGGAAGUCUUCCCGCCGCCCGCCAGGCUCAGACCCUCACAGCUGUGCUGGCCACCUUGUCCCAGUGUCUGGAUGUGGACGAAGGCGAGCUCAUACCUCAGCUUCGCACAGCGGAGGAGGCGCGCUUCCAUGAUGCUCCCUCCACGUCGGGUAUGGACUUGCAUGCUACCACGGAGCCCGCUGUGGAGGAAAUGGGUCAGGAGGGAGCAGUGCAGUGUGUGAAGAAUGGAAAUUCUGGAGACGACUUUUCCGAUCUCUUGCCUAGGGAGAUGGAGGAGCUGAGGGAGGCGGUGGCCUUGCUGACGGCCCAGCAGACGUCCCUGGAGAUUCUCGUCAACAUGUGCUGCUCUGACGAUCCCUCUGAUGACGAGUGGGAGGAAUCGUCGAGCAGCGAUGAAAGCGAACCACCGGCCGACAGCUUGUCCAGCCUUAUGUUGCCGCUGUGUUUGUCGGCGGAGGUGCAUGCGGCCCUUAUAAACCACAACAUCCCUGAAAAGGUGCUCAAAAAGACACAGUUCCCCAGGCAGGAAGCCAUGGACGUGUGCUGCCAGACUCCCUACUGGAGAACCCUCGUAAAGAAAAUGGAGCGGGUCCAGUCUCGCGCCCUGACAUGCCUCCACAGCAUCCUUUCUGGCAUGGACGCAGAGUCUCUGGGGGGGGCAGCAGCCCUGCAGGAGGCGGCACAGCACCUGUCUGCACUGCUCUUUGGCACACCAGAGAUUCCAACAGAUGAGGAGUUCCUGGAGGCAGUCAUCAGUGCAAUGCGGUCUCUUUUACAGAUGACUGCCUCAAAAAAUAUCGCUCAGUCCAUAAGUCUGCAACAAUUGAUGAGCCUCAGCGAAGCUGCCGCGCGCUGUGAUGUCAUCAGCGUGAGGGUCAACGCCGUUGCCAUCCUGGGCAUUGCCGGCAGCACCCUCGCCAAAGAAAAGGGCUCAGCUCAAACUCUUCAGGUGAUUGGGAAUGGCUUGCUCCAAGUAGCAAACAACGAUGCCAACCUAGUGGUCAAUAGCGAGGCCCUGGACGCUCUUUUUGACGUGUUUGCGGACGGCGAGGAGGCGGAGAAGGCAGCCAAGAACAUCCAGUUACUUCCCGGUUUAAAGACUCUUCAGCCUGUGUUUAAGGCUAAGAUCCGUAAGGUGGGAAGAGACAAGUACAGCCCGCAGCAGCUGUGCGUGAUCGACAAUGUCAGAGUCAACCUGAGGAGAUUCAUCAGCUACCUGGAGACUGUGGCCAAGAAGUGACCGGAAUAUGAUUGUGAAAACCAUCCAGUAUUUAUUAUUAUUAACAUGUUUAUUUUUUAUUUGUCCUGGGUCCUAAUUUCUAUUUGAGGUUUCUUUGCUGUGAAGAAAGCAACUGCAGGUUGCCGUAAAGACAAGAAAACUGGGGUGUCUCAUUUUCAAUGGAUUUCAUGGAACGGGGUUUCUGAAAUCGAGGGUGCAGGAUCCCAAAAUGGCUUCCUUUUUAUUAUUUUUGGGGGGUUGGCGAUUGCCAGAGAGUUGAGAUAUUGUGUCAUAGACUUGGACAAUUAAUGCAACAAGUUAUGCAGUCAUGAAAUAACAGUAAAUAUUUGAAUAAAAACACUCUAGGCCAUAACAAUAAGAUGAAAAACAGUAAGUACAAUGGUAACUGAGUGUUCUUUACACACUCUUUAACCUGUCCUGUUCAGCUGCAUGGCCAUGCAGAAUGGUGGAUCUGUAUGCCUUUUGUGCUAGAACACUUUUGCUGUGCAACAGGGGAGUUUGAAAUACUCCCUCUGCUUAUUUUUUUAACUUUUUAAUUAUUCUGAUGUUUAUUGAAAAUGCAGCCGGACAGAAUGGGGUUUUAGGGGACAGAGUGGACAAGGGGAAUAGUGGUGCGAACCACAGCAGAACAAUAGACAGUCUAAAGAUUUGACCACAAGUAACAUUACAAAAGUCAAAUUGUGUUCUUAUUUGUGGUGGGGUGGGGACACACACACCCAGUGAGGACAUGCAACAACUAACCAAUAGGACAAGAUGGGAGGACAGGAGAGGAUGUGGGAAAUGAGCAAUGGAGUGCUACUGAUGAGUGGUGUGGUGGGAUGCUUUUCUUGUGUCUAAACACCUGUAAGAACCUGUGAGUUCAUCUCUUAAUAUAACCUGUGUUAUUGUCCCAGCAUAAGCAAUUCAGGCCAAUAGCGUGCCUAUGAAACUUAUUAGUGAAUGAACACCAUAUCACAUGCAUGUUAGUCAAGAUGUACGCAAGUUGGAACACGCCGUUAUCACUCUUCUUCUUUCUUCUUUUCCUUUCGGCUUGUCCCGUUAGGGGUCGCCACAGCGCGUCAUCCUUUUCCAUGAGAGCCUAUCUCCUGCAUCCUCCUCUCGAACACCAACUGCCAUCAUGUCUUCCCUCACGACAUCCAUCAACCUUCUCUUUGCUCUUCCUCUAGCUCUCUUGCCUGGCAGCUCCAUCCUCAUCAUCCUUCUACCAAUAUACUCACUCUCUCUCCUCUGGACGUGUCCAUUGAAGUCUGCUCUCUCUAACUUUGUCUCCAAAAACAUCGAACCUUGGCUGUCCCUCUGAUGAGCUCAUUUCUAAUUUUAUCCAACCUGGUCACUCCGAGAGCGAACCUCAACAUCUUCAUUUCCGCCACCUCCAGCUCUGCUUCCUGUUUUCUCUUCAGUGCCACUGUCUCUAAUCCAUACAUCAUGGCUGGCCUCACCACUGUUUUAUAAACUUUGCCCUUCAUCCUAGCAGAGACUCUUCUGUCACAUAACACACCUGACACCUUCCUCCACCCGUUCCAACCUGCUUGGACCCGUUUCUUCACUUCCUGACCACACUCACCAUUGCUCUGGACGGUUGACCCCAAGUAUUUAAAGUCCUCUACCCUUGCCAUCUCUUCUCCCUGUAGCCUCAUUCUUCCCCCACCACCCCUCUCAUUCAUGCACAUAUAUUCUGUUUUACUUCGGCUAAUCUUCAUUCCUCUUCUUUCCAGUGCAUGCCUCCAUCUUUCUAACUGUUCCUCCAGCUGCUCCCUGCUUUCCCUGCAGAUCACAAUGUCAUCUGCAAACAUCAUGGUCCACGGGGAUUCCAGUCUAACCUCAUCUGUCAGCCUAUCCAUCACCACUGCAAAAAGGAAGGGGCUUAGGGCUGAUCCCUGAUGCAGUCCCACGUCCACCUUAAAUUCUUCUGUCACACCGACAGCACACCUCACCGCUGUUCUGCUGCCCUCGUACAUGUCCUGUAUUAUUCUAACAUACUUCUCUGCCACUCCAGACUUCCGCAUGCAGUACCACAGUUCCUCUCUGGGUACUCUGUCAUAGGCUUUCUCUAGAUCUACAAAGACACAAUGUAGCUCCUUCUGACCUUCUCUGUACUUUUCCAUCAACAUCCUCAAGGCAAAUAAUGCAUCUGUGGUACUCUUUCUAGGCAUGAAACCAUACUGUUGCUCGCAAAUACUCACUUCUGUCCUGAGUCUAGCCUCCACUACUCUUUCCCAUAACUUCAUUGUGUGGCUCAUCAACUUUAUUCCUCUAUAGUUGCCACAGCUCUGCACAUCACCUUUGUUCUUAAAAAUGGGCACCAGUACACUUUCCUCCAUUCCUCAGGCAUCUUCUCACGCACUAGAAUUGCUGGUCAAAAACUCCACAGCCACCUCUCCUAGAUGCUUCCAUACCUCCACAGGAAUGUCAUCAGGACCAACUGCCUUUCCAUUUUUCAUUCUCUUUAAUGCCUUUCUAACUUCCCCCUUACUAAUCAUUGCCACUUCCUGGUCCACCACACUUGCCUCUUCUACUCUCCCUUCUCUAUCAUUUUCCUCAUUCAUCAACUCCUCGAAGUAUUCUACCUAGCACACUGCUGGCACCAGUCAACAUAUUUCCAUCUCUAUCCUUAAUCACCCUAACCUGCUGCACAUCCUUCCCAUCUCUAUCCCUCUGUCUGGCCAGCCUGUAUAGAUCCUUUUCUCCUUCUUUAGUGUCCAACCUGCCAUACAUGUCAUCAUAUGCCUCUUGUUUUGCCUUUGCCACCUCUACCUUUGCCCUGUGUCGCAUUUCAAUGUAUUCCUUUCGCCUCUCCUCGGUCCUCUCAGUGUCCCACUUCUUCUUAGCUAACCGUUUUCCUUGUAUGAUUUCCUGUACUGUGAGGUUCCACCACCAAGUCUCCUUCUCUCCUUUCCUGACAGAAGAUACACCAAGUACUCUCCUGCCUGCUUCUCUGAUCACCUUGGCUGCAGUUGUCCAGUCUUCUGGAAGCUCUUCCCGUCCACCGAGAGCCUGUAUCACCUCUUCCCGAAAAGCUGCACAACACUCGUCCUGUCUCAGCUUCCACCACAUAGUUCUCUUCUCUGCCUUUGUCUUCCUAAUUUUCCUCCCCACCACCAGAGUCAUCUUACACACCACCAUCCUAUGCUGUCUAGCCACACUCUCCCCUACCACUACCUUACAGUUGGUAACCUCCUUCAGAUUACAAUGUCUGCACAAGAUGUAAUCCACCUGUGUGCUUCUACCUCCGCUCUUGUAGGUCACCCUAUGUUCGUGCCUCUUCUGGAAAAAAAGUGUUCACUACAGCCAUUUGCAUCCUUGUUGCAAAGUCUACCACCAUCUGUCCCUCCAAGUUCCUUUCCUGGAUGCCGUACUUACCCAUCACUUCUUCAUCACCCCUAUUACCUUCACCAACAUGUCCAUUACAAUCUGCACCAAUUACGACUCUCUCUCUGUCUGGGAUGCUCAGAACUACAUCAUCUAGCUCCUUCCAGAAUUUCUCUUUCACCUCCAGGUCACAUCCUACCUGUGGGGCAUAGCCACUAAUCACAUUACACAUAACACCCUCAAUUUCAAAUUUCAGCCUCAUCACUCGAUCUGAUACUCUUUUCACCUCCAAGACAUUCUUAGCCAACUCUUCUUUUAAAAUAACCCCGACUCCAUUUCUCUUCCCAUCUACACCAUGGUAAAAUAAUUUAAACCCUGCCCCUAAACUUCUAGCCUUACUGCCUUUCCACCUGGUCUCCUGGACACACAAUAUAUCAACCUUUCUCCUAAUCAUCAUGUCAACCAACUCCCGAGAUUUUCCUGUCAUAGUCCCAACAUUCAAAGUCCCCACAUUCAGUUCUAGGCUCUGUGUUUUCCUCUUCUCUUUCUGCCGAAGAACCCGCUUUCCACCUCUUCUUCUUUGACUUCGACUUCGACCCACAGUAGCUGAAUUUCCAACAGCGCCCUGCAGGUUGACGGCGCCGGUGGCGGACGUUGUUAACCCGGGCCACGACCGAUCCGGUAUGGAAUUCUUUGGAUGAACGCUCAUAUUUGUUUGGCAAGGUUUUAAGCCGUAUGCCCUUCCUGACGCAACCCUCUGCAUUUAUCCGGGCUUGGGACCGGCCUACAGUUUGCACUGACUUGUGCCCCCCAUAGGGCUGCAUUUGAAAAAGCUUACAGCACCUGGUAUUCCCAGGCGGUCUCCCAUCCAAGUACUAACCAGGCCCGCCUGCUUAGCUUCCGGGAUCGGGCGUUCUCAGGGUAGUAUGGCCGUAAGCCACAUGAUUUCACUAAUCUACACUAACUUAUUAGUAAAGUUGUAAAUGUUUUUAAAAAAAUAAAAAAACAUUUCUAGGCAAUUAACAUGAAACAAAAACUAUGUGUUUGGUGGUAACCGACCAUGCCAUAUGACCAUGUAUCUCCAAACUAAUUCAUCGUGAGCCAUUUGGAAACUCGAAAUCUUGUACGUUGGGUGGGCUGUUGUAAAGUGAGGACCUCCUAUAUCUUUAAUGUAAUACCUAGUGGUUAAUGCCAAAUAAAUUUUAUUAAAGGAGACAUAAUGUCCAUUUUUCACUAUUUCAAAUGGUUCCCAUGAGUUUUAGCUGAUCUGAAAUUAGCCUGUUUUGAUAGGGCUGCCCUGUCCCAUUUGAGUGAGUCACUGCUCAUCCCUCCAGUAUACUGCUGGGCCAAUAGCAGUUAUGGAUUUUGUUCACAUGACAGCUCGGGAUGGCUUUACGUUUAAUGUAAUUCUGAGUCUUAUGCCUGGAUCAGACAACAAGACAAAUUUGGUCUUUCACAAUUGAACUAUGUCAGACUACUGCCAUGAAAUCUUGCCAUAUCUUGGUCAGACAGUUGCAACAGUAGACAUCAUGUAUUCCGAUACCACCGUAUCCCGUCUUUUACGAUCAUUGGGGUUUAUCUUGUCAAAUCAAAUACUCUAACAUAGUGCAAUUGUGAAAUACCAAAUUUGUGUUGUAGUCUGAUGCAGGCAUUACCUGGCUGGUCAAAAUGAAGUUCCAGUGUGUUAUAUCCUGAUUGUUCCAUGUUCUCUAUUAUACACUCUUAUUUCUUUUCUCUUCUUUUUUCAUUUUCAAUGUGUAUGUUUGUAAUUUGUAAGUUUUUGUUUCCCUGACGACAUUUUACUUUACAAUAAUUGUCGAGCUGACGACUAGGUUUUCAAGGCACAGCUAUUCAAAAUGUACUUUUUUUGCAUGACAUUGCGUCUUUUUUAAUAAAAGUAAAGGCUAUGUGUUUUUGGGAUAUGAAUGGUUUUGUUUAGCAAAUGUGCUGUUUUAAGGGAGUGGGGUUGGACAACUUUGCUGACUGAAGUUUGUGUAAAAUGUUCAGUAAAAACAAACGUUUUGGUCUCAUACACUGCCUAUGUAUUUUCUGGAAGCAGCAGGUUUAAAUGGACAAAUCUGUUUUUUGUGUGCAAAAAUAAUAUAAAUUUAGUAUGCAGCAAUUUUUCAUUGGGGAUACUGGUGACAUUGUGUAAUGGAGGAUAAUCGCAAAGUAUGCCACUGGGCAUCCUUUAUAUGUUGUGAGUGCCUUUUUAAAAUAAAAUAUUUGUAAAUUGUA